CGCUUAAUUACAAUGUUACCGAUGGUAUCGAUGCCAUACAACAGAGGUAUCGAUAUUCGUGUGGCACAUUUGGUGUUGAUUAUCUAAACAUUUUAUUUGUGAAAAUGAAUAUUAACGGUGUAAUUUUAACUAAUAGAUUACUCCAACGGUGUGCUGUCAAACAGAUAGUUACAUUUUCCACAAAGCCGACACAACAGGCAGCCGCAGCUGUGCCCCAACAACAACAGCAGCAGCAUGAGGUAGCCGCUCCUGUUGUCCGUAAGCCCAUAGUGCCUGCACAUUAUCGCUUUGUGUAUCCGGAGUUUCUACCCGAUCCCAAAAUAGAGUGGCGCAAUGCUGUGCGCGAGAAACUAGAACGUCUAGACAUGCUUGACCGUAGGCGACAAAUAGAUCUGCCCGAAUUUUAUGUGGGCUCAAUUCUAGCUGUGACAAGUGCUGAUCCUCAUGCAGCUGGCAAAACUAGUCGGUUUGUAGGGAUUUGUAUACAUCGCGAGCGCUGCGGUCUGCGUGCUAGAUUCAUACUACGUAAUGUUAUCGAUCACCAGGGAAUUGAAGUUGCUUAUGAGCUUUAUGAUCCUACCAUACAAAAAAUGGAAGUGCUUCGACUGGAAAAGCGUCUCGAUGAUAGCCUUUUCUACCUACGUGACGCACUGCCAGAGUACAGUACAUUUGAUGAGAAUAUGGAAGCGGAGCAUCUGGAGGAGGGAGCCCUUGUGCCUGUAAAUGAUAUAAAAGUAGUACUGCGUCCACGACCCUGGCUAGAGCGAUGGGAGCGUCAAAAUUUGCUUGGCGUGGCAAAUAUGGAUCAAUAUCUUAAAGACAAGCAUCGCAAGUCGGCAGAGAAAGUGCAAAAGCCAUGGGAGAAGUACGAUCUAAUGAAGCAGUACCGUGCUACCAUUCCCGAAGAGGAACAGAAAGAGAUAUUUGCCGAGAUGCAUACCGAGCUCCAUAGUCUGGAGCUCCAGCGGAAGCGCAACAAACGAAAACGCUCUUUUGUCAAACCCAAGCAUUUGGCGUAGAUUUAUCAUUUACGCAUGUACGAAAAUUGUUAUACCAACUUGUAGUUUAAUAAAACCAACUUACUGUUGAUCUUUUGCCGUGAGAAAAUUCAA